UUGACGGCCAGAACAAACUAGCCGAGACAACUUGUACAACUCAUUAGAUUUUAGUGUAUACAGUAUAUUUAUCCUAUUUCCUUCACGAUGAGCUCUCUGUAUCGCGCCUGCUUGGUCUACGUGCUGUCCUUCAACCUUCUGGUCUAUUCCCUACCAGUCCAACAAACUAGUCGACUUCAGAGGGACGUUGUUCAAGAACCAGGUGAGGAGGGAGACCUCUUUGAAGGUGACAUUAAGUUGAUACAUGGAGAUAGGAAGAGACGUUCGGUAAUGCAAGACUUGCCCAUCAUUGCCAAACAGCCUGCUCUUAAUCCAUCAAUAUACAGUGGCACAUUGUGGCCUAAUGGCACAGUUUACUUUAAGUUUCAUGAAAAUAUAAGCUUCGAGAUUAGUCAAACAUUUUUGACAGCUAUUGGAAUAUGGGAGCAACAAACAUGCCUUGAAUUUCAAAGAGCAGAUGAAAAUACCACUGCAUACUUGCUGCUAACAGAUACGGAUGGAUGCUCCAGUUACAUUGGCAGAGUCGGAACCGUACAAGAAGUGUCCAUUUCAUCAUCUUGUCGAGGUGUGGGACAUGCCCUUCAUGAACUGGGACACGCUGUCGGUCUUUGGCAUGAACAUACCCGCCCAGAUAGAGAGAACUACAUUAAAAUCAUUUGGGACAACAUUAAGGAAUCUGCAAAAACCAAUUUCCAAACUUAUAAUCAUCCAAACUCAGCUGAUGUUAAGUAUGACUUUGGAAGUGUCAUGCAUUACCCUGAGACAGCCUUUGCUAUUGAUAAAAGAAAGCCUACAAUCGAAAUCAUCUACAAACCAUUCCCAUCUUGCAUAAAAGAAGUGGGGCAAAGGCACGGACUUAGUUUUAAAGACAAGCUAAGAGUUAACAAGCUCUAUGGCUGUCAAGCUGAAAUAGAUGAAUCUGGAGAUGAUCCUUGCCCUCUUCCAUCUCCUCUCCCCACAACAGCUACUCCAACUCCCACUCCUACAGUAGCAACAACUACCUCUACCGAGCUUCCUAAACCUACUCCAACAUGUACAGUCUCUAAAUCAUUUAGAUCAGAAACAAGGAUGACAAUUCCAUUUUCUGACACUAACUUUUGGAAUCUAGCAUGCCAUGGUGAAUACUGUCAGAAAGACAAUUGUUCAUCACCUUCAGCACUGACGCAUUACAACGAAUGCAAGGAGCAAUACUUUGUAAUGUACCUCGCAUUAAACAGGAAGAACAGAUACAUCAAAGAUGGCGAUACCAUUGCAAUGCAGUCAUCAAGAAGGACAGGUUAUUGGAUGGACUGCAGUAGAGGCAACUGCACUUUAACACAAUGUGCCGACAACACUGGAAGAAGCAUCACGAACUUCACAAGAGACAUUUGCAGUCAACACAAACUGAAAAUAUUUGCUGUCGACAAGAAGUUAGGAAAGCGAAUCCAAUCAACUGAUUUGGUUUACUUCAAAAGUGACGGGUCAGGGUCAGACAAGUACCUCAACUGCUUUGGAAAAAAAUGCCAACUUAUAACAGAAGGCAGCGACUGUAAUGAAACUGAUUACUCAGGAGCAUCAGGUUCACUAUGCUACAGGCAACUCUUUAAAUUAAAGAAGCAUGUAACAGAAUGCUUAUAGUUGGUGGACUCCAAUAGAAGUCAAUAUCACUACUAUAUGUAAAUAAAAGUGUUUAAUUUUAAUUUUUUUAUU